AUGGCAGCUCCUCGAGCAUCCUCUUUCAAAGCCCUGCGCAACCUCCAGCGCACCCCUGGGUCGACCCCGGCCAAACGAAGCCUGCACAUUACUGGUGUCCAUGCCUCUCCGAGACCCAUCGACCCCAAUCAUAAGAGCACCUAUAUGCCAUGGACUCUGCAGGACCUCCGUCAAGAGUGCCAGAAGCGCACACUUUCAGCUUCUGGCACCAAGCACGAGCUGAUUGACCGCCUGGCGGGCCAUGACAGCUUACAAGCAAGAGCCUUUUCCAUUGCCAUGAAACGGAUUGCCGUCGAGCAAACAAAAAAGCCUGUCUCAGGUCCCUCUGAAACCGCACCCCAGCGACACUUCAACGCCUCUCGCUCCCUCAAGGCGGUGGGCGACACGUCCACCAUUGACUUUGCUUACCUCCCCAAGCUACAUGAAGAGUCGUGGGGAAUCAAUCCUCCCUCCAUCCGCGUUCCUAUUCUGCCUUAUAUCCAAUCCGACCAAGCCGAAGCAGUCUUGGAGAGACACCCGGAGCUGGAUGCAGCUGCUGGAAGCUAUCAAGAUACCCGUGGUCAGGAGACGAUUAUGAAGCCACAGAUUUUCACUGUUGGAGACGUCGCCGGUGGCCCUGCAAGUGCCAUGAGCGAUGUACACGAUGGCCACCAUCCAACCGAACUGUCAGUCGAGAUGCUCACAGCUCUGACGGAGACGGUGGGCAAGAGUGCGCGCCAAUUCGUGGAUAUGGUCAAAGACAAGGAUGAGGCGACGGUCCGCAAGAUCUGGACGGGAUUCCUCGACGAUCUCUUUGGGCAGCAGGGCAAGGGGGCCAAGCCAUAA